AUGAUCUCGAUUUCAUUCUUUCUGGAACAUCAGCUUCCUCUUCAAUUUGGUAUUACUAAGUUGUAAUAGAAAAAUGUGGGAGCACAAGAGAUACUAGGAAUAUCAAGUGUGCCAGCUAAGCAGAAAUUGAACGCGCUAUUGAUCAAUUGGAACUUCAAAUCUUGCUAAUAAAUUAAAUACCCAAUAUUAAUGACUUCUCUGAAAAUCCUGUACAAAAUUACAUAAAAAUAAUAUAUGGUCAAUGCUCAUCAUAGUCUUCAUAAGCAUAUGAUAUGA